UGGACAAAUCUUCUCUUCUGUAAUAAUUAAGACAGCAAAAAUUUCAUUGUAAAUCGAGAUGUUGUCAAGACAUUGGACAGUUUUUCUUCUGGUGGCCUCAGCAUUUCUGUGUUCAUGCUCGGCCAUUACGGUUGAUUAUGAUGCUAAUGCUAUGAUCAUCAAUGGUCAACGCAAGCUUGUCAUUUCUGGUUCCAUUCAUUAUCCUCGUAGCACCCCUGAGAUGUGGCCUGAUCUGAUUCAGAAGUCAAAGGACGGAGGACUUGAUACCAUUGAAACGUAUAUCUUUUGGAACCUCCAUGAACCUCGUCGUCGUGAGUAUGAUUUCACUGGAAACCUAGACUUUGUAAAGUUUUUCCAAUUGGUUCAAGAAGCUGGCCUUUAUGGCAUUCUUCGCAUUGGACCUUAUGUCUGUGCUGAAUGGAAUUAUGGAGGUUUCCCCAUGUGGCUGCAUAACACUCCAGGACUUGAAUUAAGGACGGACAAUAACGUCUACAAGCAAGAAAUGCAAAUUUUCACAACCAAGAUUGUGGAUCUCGCGAAACAAGCUAAGUUGUUUGCGUCACAGGGAGGACCCAUCAUUCUUGCUCAGAUUGAGAAUGAAUAUGGAAAUAUCAUGGAUGGUUAUGGAGAUGCGGGGAAGAAAUACAUCAAGUGGUGCGCUGAGAUGGCUGUAGCCCAAAAUAUUGGUGUCCCGUGGAUCAUGUGCCAACAGGAUAACGCCCCACAACCCAUUAUCAAUACUUGCAAUGGGUUUUACUGUGAUCAAUUCAAGCCAAACAAUGCUAGGAGUCCCAAAAUGUGGACAGAGAAUUGGACUGGAUGGUUCAAAGCCUGGGGUGGCAGAGACCCACAUAGAACUGCUGAAGAUACUGCCUUUGCUGUUGCUCGCUUUUACCAGAAUGGAGGCGUCUUGCAAAACUACUAUAUGUAUCAUGGAGGAACAAACUUUGGACGCACUUCAGGAGGUCCAUAUAUUACCACAUCAUAUGAUUAUGAUGCACCACUCGACGAAUAUGGAAAUCUUAACCAGCCAAAGUAUGGACACUUGAAAAAACUCCAUGCAGCUCUUAAACUUGGGGAAAGUCUUCUCACCAGUGGCAAUGUGUCCUGGAAGAGUUUUGGCAAUGGGGUUGAUCUCACAACAUUCACCAAUUCUUCCGGGGCAAGAUUUUGUAUGUUGAGCAACACCGACAAUUCCAAAGAUGCUAACAUUGAUCUGCAACAAGACGGCAAGUUCUUUGUGCCUGCUUGGUCUGUCAGCAUUCUUGAUGGGUGUAAUAAGGAAAUUCACAACACUGCAAAGUUAAACACCCAAAUUUCUCAGAUGGUAAAGAAAGUAUACACCAAAGAGGAUGUGGACGUGGAUGGAGAUGGAGUCGAGGAUCCAGUAGAACAAGUAGCUCCCCAUCUCAACUGGGAAUGGGCACCAGAGCCCCUGAGAGACACCCUCCAAGGAAAAGGCAGGUUCAAGGCUUCAGUAUUACUUGACCAGAAAUCAGCAACUUUUGAUAUCAGUGACUACUUUUGGUAUAUGACUAGUGUCAAUAUCAACGAAACAACGUGGAAAUCGUCGAACUUGAAUAAUGCUACUCUGCGCGUUAACACCAACGGCCAUGCACUCUAUGCUUUUGUUAACAGAAGGUUCCUUGGUUACCAAUUCUCCAAGCAAGCCAAUACAAAGCAAAUGGUUCAUGGCGAUGACUACAGCUUUCUGUUUGAGAAACCUAUUUCGCUGAAUGUUGGAACUAAUACCAUUUCUUUACUCAGUGCCACUGUUGGAUUGGCGAAUUAUGGUGCCAAAUUCGACCUGAAACCUACUGGCUUGAUCGGGGGCUCAGUACAGUUGGUGAGCAAUGGACAGGUUGUCAUCGAUUUAACAUCAAGCACCUGGUUCUAUAAGGUUGGAUUAAACAGCGAAGUGAAACGCUUCCAUGAUCCAGCAUCGACGAAAGCAAAAUGGAAUGCUGAUGGACUCCCAACAGGAAGACCCAUGACUUGGUAUAAGACCACUUUCCAGGCUCCUCUGGGGACAGACCCUGUGGUUGUGGACUUGCUAGGAAUGGGCAAGGGCUACGCUUGGGUGAACGGACACAACCUUGGCCGCUUCUGGCCUACUGCAGUAGCUGACAGCAGUGGAUGCAACGACAAUUGCGAUUACCGCGGUCAAUUUAACAGUGAUAAAUGCAGGACAAACUGCGGGAAUCCUACUCAGAGAUAUUAUCAUGUUCCCAGAUCAUUCCUCAAUAAAAACAAUAGCAACACAUUGAUUUUAUUCGACGAAGUUGGAGGAAACACAUCGGCAAUAUCUUUCCUGGUUAUCACCGUCGGAAAAGUUUGCGGACAUGCCUAUUUAGGGAGCAACUUGGAGUUGUCAUGCCAGGGUGGGAAAGUUAUCUCUGACGUCGAGUUUGCUAGCUUCGGAGACCCCCAGGGGUUCUGUGGCUCAUUCAAGGUCGGCUCUUUCCAAGCCACAAAUGCCUUGACUGCAGUGGAAAAGGCAUGCGUGGGAAGACAGAGUUGCGCCAUUGAAGUAUCAGAUGCAACAUUUGAAUUGAGCAACGACAUUGGGCCAACGAGUCGGCUGGCAGUUCAGGCUCUUUGUAGCUAAAAAGUAAGGAAUAGUUGUAAAAGAAGAAGAAGAAGAAAUAAAUGUAAUGAUAAAUGGAGUGGAACAAAAUCAUCAUAUUGACAUGAAUAAAAGAAAAUAAAACGC